UUUUCCCAGCUAGAGCUAAUAGCAUUUCUAUCCUUCUUACAGCAAAGGCGCGAUGGACUCCUCCGAGAAGGCCAAAGGAAAGGAGAAGGUGGAGACCACGGAAGCGAGCGAAACCAUAAUUGCUGUUGGAGGGGAGGAUAACUCCAGGGCAGCAGGCGGCCUUUCCCCUGGCGAUAUCGGAGCAUAUGCAAGCCGAAUGGACGAAGCAACGGACGUUUGGGCCAAGAAAAUGCUGGAUAAAAUCGAUGUCGUCCUUCAGAGGGCACCUAGUUACACUGCAUCCAAAAGCAUCAGCACAGCUCCUGCAAGCACUGAGGACCGUGACAAGAAGCUUUACGAGCCAAGGGCGGUGGCCAUCGGGCCCCACCACCGGAAGGAGGAUAAUUAUUUCAGAAUCACAGAUGAACACAAACUGUGGUGUGUGAAAAAAGUGAUCGGCGAUAGUUACAAACAAGACCUCGGUAAAUUCCUCGGUAAGAUGAAGGAGAGGGAAGAAGAUGCUGUGAAGUUUUAUCGUGAGCGUUAUGGGAAAGACUAUAACUUCCGCAUGGAUUCUCGAAGUUUUCUGGAGAUGCUAAUGCUUGAUAGCUGCUUCAUCUUGUUUGCGCUUUCAUUUCAUUAUGGUCAUGCCAAGGUACUCCCUAACCUGUCGGGCUUUACCAGUGUACCAUGGGCCCGUCGUGAUAUAGUGCGGGCAUUGGACCUUGUCAAGAGUGACUUGCUGUUGCUCAGCAACCAAAUCCCUUUCUUUAUCCUUGAGGAUGUUUUCAAGAUGAAAAAUGAUAUUGACCCAACAAAAAAGAUGCAAAAUGGAGGCAAUGAAGGCAACGGAUCAAUCAGAGAAGAUGCUCUCAAUUUUUUUGAUAAUCUCGGUUUAGGAAGGAACAGUUCGAAAGGCACAGAAAAAAAGGAGGUUGAUCAUCUGCUUGAUUUGUACCACAUGUAUUUGGAGCCACCGGAUCAUAGUUCAAACAAUUUGGAAGAUAUCGGUUUACUUAUCGAUCCACAUCGAUAUGUCCCCAGUGCAACAGAGCUUCGGCGAAAGUCUGCGGUGAAUUUUAAGAAGAAAAAAAUUGUAACGCAAAGUGUACUCGACGUAACGACGUGCAAAUUUGGACAUAUCCAGAUGCCGGCAUUGCGCGUCGAGGACCAUACCAAUAUUCUCCUCCACAAUCUAGUCAGCUUUGAGGAGUCUCCUGGCACCACGGACUCGUACAUCACAGCCUACGUCGCAUUCAUGGAUUGCAUCGUGCAGAGAGAAGAAGACGUGGAGCUGCUUGAAAAUAGAGGGGUGUUGGAGCACAGAUUGACCAGCCCUGCGGAGGUGGUCGCCCUCUUCGGGCAAUUUCAUAACGUGAUCGAUCAUCAAAAGACGCCGGGUUACUUGGCUAAGGUAUACAAGGAGGUGAUUCGUUGUCGCCACAGCAAGUGGCGCAGAAUGUAUGCCGAUGCGAAGCAACGUUAUUGCUCCAGUGUAUGGCUGAGCAUCUCGUUUGUUGCCGGUAUCACUCUAUCAGUUGCCGCCCUCAUCCAGACCAUCUACACCAUCACCGGCUCCUAUAAAAAAUGAAUGGCACUGCUGCUAGCUAGGAGCAG